CGGCGAUGAAGAAGGACGGCUCUUACCGAACCCGGGACCAACUCACUUCCAAAUGGAGCCACAUCAACAAAAAAGUCCGAAAGUUUAUGGGAGUUUACGAGGGAUGCUCCCGGUCCCGGAGGAGCGGCACGAACGACGCCGAUGUUCUCCGGCUUGCCACGACCCGGUAUAGAGACGACGGGAACCAAGGCAAGGUGCCCAUCGAUCUUUGGAGGAUUUUGAGUCGUUCCCCGAAGUGGCAACAACUCAACAAUCCCGACGGCGGAUCGUUCCGGAAAAGAUCCACCGUCGACGCCGAGGUUGAGGUCGACGAGACUAUCGGUUCUAGCGAUCAAAUCCCUCCCUUCAACGUUGCGGAUUCCGAUGACGAGGACCCCAUUCCACGGCCGAUCGGAAGAAAGAAGGCAAAAUCCAUUGCCUCGGGUUCGGGAGGGUCCGCCUCUGUUUCCGCUUCUCCCCGCGAUGAAAUCGGCCGGGCAAUGAUUGAACAACUACGGGCGUUCAAUCUCCAAGAACAAGAGAGGUUGAAGCUAAAGGAGGAGGAGUUGAAGCUAAAGGAGCAGGAGGCUGAGAUGAAAGUCAUGCAAACCGACCCCGGGACGUUGUCGGAGUUUGGACGAAUGAUCUAUGAGCAAAGAAUGAGAGAGAUCAAGGAGAAAUAUAAUUUACCUUAGUUUUUUUAUUAAUAUAUCGUUUUUUAAAUUAUUGACGCUUUUUUUUAUUUAAUGAAUGUAUUUUUUUAUUAUUCGUGUUUCAAUUUAAUUAAAUAAUAAAUUAAUUACAUUUUAUUAAUUUAAUUUUAGAAGAUGUAUAUUUAAAAAUGUAAAAAAUGAAGAUUUGAAGCCCAG